ACUUUUUACAUAGAAGAAGGAAGAACAAGUACCUGUUACUGUAGUGUAAGUAAGUGAAUUUGGAAAAUUUUAAUGUUUCUUUUCUAAAUGUGGCAUAAAUUUGGGUCAUUUGUUUUUUAACCUAUUACUCAUUCCAUAUGCUUCUUUAGGUAAUGUUUAGUUCAGUAUCUUAGGGACGACUGAUGGUACAGACGAAGAGAAUAGUAUAGGUUUUAUUUUAAGUCUUAACGAAGUCUUAUAUAGUCAACUAGACGAAAUUUGACAAAUAAAAUCAUCAAAAUGACAUCAGACCAGAUUUAUUUUUAAUUUAAAUUUACAUUUUUUUACAUUACAUCUCAGUCAUGAGUUAUACUGAUACACAUAUUACUCAGUCUUUCGAACUGAUGCAGUGCAGUCAGGUCAAUCACAUACACUCACUAUACUUAAAACGGUAAUCUACCACUUGAGCGUCAGCCAAGAAAAAAUCCAGCUGUUCCGGUUGCAAGGGCUAUUUAAACAACUAUUCUUAUAUUAUUUUUAAUGACAUUGGUUGUACGUAUUCAUUCCCAUAAUAAUAGACAAUUUUUUUUUAAAAAUAGAAAAACUAUAACAAUUUUUUUGAAAUAGAAGAUAAUGUGUGAAUAUGGAAUUAUGCAUAGCUCUCUCCCAAGUUGACAAUGAAGUUUUAAAAAGUAUAAUUUUCACGAAAACGGUUGUGGUACAUGAAUCCACGUAAAAAUGAAGGGGAAAGAUCACCGGCGCUUCUUGUGCCAAACUGUCUUUUCAGUUUAAGCUUUUUGAGUAUUCACGUUUUCCACAUUCUGUGUGUGGACAUCAGCAUCAUCUGGAUCCAAAAAAAAGUAAUAAUUGUAGUCUCUUUUUCUUCCUGGCAUAUCGGUAGCUUGGCAGUAAUAUUUAUUUAAAUGUAUUAGUAUUGUGCUAUAUAACUUUAUAGCCUAUACGAAAGGAAAAAUAUUAACAGACUCCAAUGUAAGAAUAGUUGUUUAAAUAGCCCUUCCAACCGGAACAAAUGGAUUUUUUCUUGGCUGACGUUUAAGUGGUAAAUUACCCUUAAAACUCAUCAUGGGUGUCAGUGUUAGUAGUGUUAGCUCAUUAAAAUUAGCCUACUAAUUACGAAGUGUCUACACAGACGAAUUCUUUAUCAAGAUAUUCAUCCGGCGACCAAGUCACAUGACCGCUAUAAGAAUACUUUAUCAAAAUAUUCCUCCGGCGACCAAGUCACAUGACCGCCGUAACAAAGUGGCGCAAGAUAUUUGUCCGUCAGCAUUGUCACGUGACCAUGAAUAGUGCAGUCGCAUUUACUGAGUAUCUUGCGAACAAAUAAUAGAAAAAAAUACUUGGAUAUAUUGCCAAAACAAAUGGGGGGGGGGGGAUAAGCAAUAAUGCAUUCUAGAAGGAAGCAAUGCUGAGAGGGAGAGAUAAUUAGGGUAAUAAAAAAUAACAUUGAGGGUGAUAAAUAAUUAAGUGAAAGGCGGGGAGGCUGAUAGUUCACAAAGAAAUAGACCCUACAUCUUAAUAUAGGGCCGAUAAAGUGGUAGCCUGGCCGACUUCUCGUGGAAUACUAAAUACUAAUCCUGAAAUACAACUUUAUUGACAUAGGUCUAUUGAAGUGUACUGGUCUUAUUUUAUUUGGUUCAUAUUUUAAAUUUAGGCUUCAAGGUAGAGCUUUAUGAGAUGUUUUGAACCAAGAUAAUAAUAAUGAUAAAAACAUCUAGGCUUAGGCAUUUAAAAAACAAUUCUCUUAAUAAAUGAUAAGUUUUUUAUUAUGCUGUUUCUUCUGCCUUCACAGAAACUUCUGUAGUGUUAUUAACCAAAUAGAAUUUUCUGAGUCAUUAUUUAUAUAUGGUCUGCAUGUGAUGCUUUAAAAUAACUUUGACCAACAAUGUUUUGUCUUAUAGCAUUGUACAUCUCAAACUUAAAAGACUUUUUGUCCUACUGCAUUAAAUCAAAUAUCCUCUUUUCAAAAUAACACAAUAAAAUGCUAUCCUUUUAAAAUUUUUAGCUGUUUUAACUGAUUCCAUCCAUCCCUGUGGCACUACAGCCCAUGUAGGGCUUUGGCCUGUCUCACUACUCCCCUCCACUCAGACCUAACUAAUGCUUUUCUUUUCCAUGCUUCGAUUUUUAGUUUUAAAUGAUUACUGGUACUUUAAAUGCAGGAAAAAAUUGAACAUUCCUCAGUUUUAAUAAUUAAAAUCAACACAAUUAAAAUUAACACAAUUAAAAUUAAUACAAUUAAAAUUAUUUGAAAUCUUCAAUAAGGUGGCAACAUGGAGUCAGGCAAUGACAGUGAUACAGAUGAGGAGUAUGACCUGCAGGAAAUGGAAGUAGCUCUUUACAGCCAAAUCCACUUUGACCCUGGGCCUGGGAGCAAAAUAUGGUCUGGCCAAAGCACAAGCCCAGGUUAUCGCAAAUUGAUACUUCCAUUUAAAGUUGGAGUGAAAGAAAUCCCUCCUCAGACCAUCACAAGCAAACCUUUAAUACCACAAGGGGAUUUUAUAGCUUUUUCUGAGGAAAAUUUGAUUACAUCAGAAAAUAUAAUUGAAACACCUAAUUCCCACUGUGAUAAGAUUAGGCCAAUAAAUAAAAGCCAUGCUGGCCUUACAGAUUCCAACAUACACCAACAGAAUGAGUCAAACUUUAUCACCGAAGAUUGUUAUUAUGUAGGUAGUAGCAACGUUAAUGAUUCUCAGGGAACCUCUUCACAACCAAUGCCUGUUCCAGUUAGGACAGAGGCUGUUGGAAAAACAAGCCUCAGUUGUAAUCAGAGUGAAACAAAUGUCACAAGUAAAAAGAAGAGCUCUAACACCAAAUCAGAACUUAAAAAUAAACAACCCCCUUCUUCUAAACGAGAGAGAGGGUCUGCAACGUCUAAGAAAAAGUCAAAUCAACUUCUACCUUUUUCCAUAACAAAAAAUAAAACACCCAAAGUUAAAACUGUGUCAGAGCCUUGCCUUAGAAGUGACAUAAAAGAUAAAAUUAAGCUGUACGCUCCAAACGCUGAGGUCUUGUCUCAGAAAAAUAGCAAACCACAAUUAGAAGCAUUCCUACAAUUAUCAGAAUGUAAUAAAGAUAUAUUUAGUAGUAAAGUAAAGAAGAAGGUGACCAAAAUUGAUGCAGCCGUCCAGCUUAGGAAACCACCUGUCCUCUUACGCCGACCACCUGCAGUUAGUGUCAGGUACAAACAGGAAAGUGACACCAAUACAGAUUAUAGUGACAGUGAUACAACCAGUUCUUUAUGCAGUCCAAUCAAGAGCACUCUCCUGAAAUCUACAUCUAAUCCAUCAAUAACUGGCAAGUAAUCUUAAGCUCAAUUAUGUUAAAGGCACUGACUGAUGGGUUUUUAACCUUUGAAAAUGGAGUGUCGAACCUUUUGUAAUCAAAACAUAUUUACCAAUUAUGAUAUUUUUAAAAAAUUCAAGUUAUCAUUCCAUUAAAUUAUUACCGGUAUUUAAAUAUUUAUGAUGGUACCCAGUAGGUUUUUUUCUUCUUUUUUAUGGCUUUAAUGAAAAAAAUGUAAAAAGGGUAUUAAAAAGCUUUAGUGUUAAGUAAAAGUAUUUAAUUAAUAACGGGUACCAGGUUUAAUUAGCCAAGCGAUUAAAAGUGAGACCGAUUGUAAGGUCAGAUUUUAUAUUGAUACAGGAAAGGGUGCCAACACAGAUGAUGCAAAAGAUGAAGAGGAGGAGGGUGAGGUUGGCAGCACCUCUCAGGAGGAAUCUGAGAGAAAUAGUGUUGGUGAAACAGACUCUGAUGACAAUAUGGACUUUCUGUCUGAGACUGAUCCCAACUUGGAGUUCAACCUUGCAGGAGGAGUCGAUGGAUUACUGAAAAAUACUAAAUGUAAGUUGCUAGUUUUUGGUUAUGAGCCUACCUUAUAAUUUAGAUGAAAUAAAUAAACUAGUCUUUGGUUCUGACAGCUAACUUAAAUUUCUCAAGUUUAAAAAUGGUUUGAAGACUACAGCACCAAAUGCCAAUAUUAUUGAGCUGAUAUGUCUGUAUGAUAAAUUACAGUAGUUGCAUGAAUAUUUGUAGUAAAACUUGCAUCUUAUUGAUAAAUCAUUAAAUCAGAGCUAUUGUGGAAUUAAAAAUUGAUCACCCCUAUCAAAUAUUUCAUGGAAAAGCUUCAGAAAAAACUGAUUGGAAAAUUAAUGAACAAGAUCGCUUCAAUAUGAAUAGUCUUCUCAACCGAUACUUCUCCCCUCUGAAAAUUCAGUGUCGAAACUGUAGAAAAGAUGGCCACAUGUCAAGAGAUUGCCCAAUGCCUAAGGUAUCACAUAAAUAUAGCUUAGAAUAUUAUUUUUAUUUCAUAUUAAGAAAUAAACCAAUAAUUUCUACUGUUAUCUUUACAAUUUUAUUUAAUGGUUUUAAAUUUUGUUAAUAUGUUAACUGGACAUUUGAGGAAUUUUUUUUUUGUUGACAUUAACUUGCUUGUGAGAAUAAACAGUGGAGAAUUUUUAUGAUUCUAUGAUGAAAUUUUGGGCUACAGUAAUGACUAAUAAUAACCUUGACCUGGAAGCAAUAUUUGUGACUUGAUUCUUUACAGAAAAGCAAAUGUCUUUUCUGUGGAAGGGAUGGUCAUGUGUACCAGGUAUGCCCACUUGGCAUUUGCUUCAAUUGUUCAGCACCUGGACACAAAGUUAAUGUUUGUCGAGAACCAAAGAGAGAUUGGAGAUCUCGUUGCAACCGAUGUCUAAUGUAUGGCCACGGUGAUCAGGUAACAAGCACUUUUUGUCUACUUUAAAUUACUUAUCAGUUAACUAUCUAUAUGUAACAAGACCAUGAGCUGCACACAGGUGACAGGGCAUACAGUUGUAAAACAUAUUCCCUAGGGCCAACAACGUGAUUGGUAUCCCAUAUUGUUAAAAAGAUACUACCAAAAAAUACACUUGGACAUUGUGACCUUUGUUUGAGAUUUUGAAAACCUCAGAAAAUGUUUUUUAAUCUAAAAAUUACAUAAUUUAUUAGGUAAUUGUUUUCAAACAAUUGCUUAGUUGGAAUAAUAUGGUAAAAGUUUGGUAAGAUUCAAUAUUUUGGCAAUAGUAAAAAGUGUAGAUAAAAAUUAUUUUGAAGAAUAGAAAAGAAACCUCCGGUUUUAUUCUAAACAGUCAAACUUUUCUGUUAAAAUUGAAACCACUUCUCUCCACAGCUGUGUCCUGACAGAUGGAGACAGUUUCAUGGCACUGUAAGUUGUUUUAUUACUUUCUCUUAUGUUGGGUUCUGCAGGAACUCUUUUACAUCAGGAAUUUUUUUGUUUGUGGGGUGAGUCUUCUAGUGGUAAGAUGGUGGGUUGUAUCAUCCUGUGCUAAGUGGGUGGGGUGUGUGUUCCAGAUACUGACAUGCAGAUUGUCUUACAUGUUCUACUUGCUGUAAAUGUUUUUUAGAGACCAUAUCUUUUUGAAAGGUUAAGAAUCAUCAAUUAUCCUAUUAUCUUUUAAUCUGGGCACAAGAUUUAUUAAAAUAUUUUUCCAAAAUUUAUUGAUGUCAGACUAAGCCAGGAAAGUUGCAGACUCAAUCUAAAGGAAGCAUCAACACUUUGGUCUUUUGUUAUAAUUGUGGAAAGAAAGGACAUUUUGGCUAUGUAAGUAAUAUUCCCUUAGUACUAAUAGUACUGCUGUUACUGUUGAGCCAAGGGACGUUAUGUAUAUAUGUCAUCCCCCCCCCCCAAGACACACUCUAAAGGAAGUUUUGUUAUAUUUUUAAAGUAAAUUAUUUGAAACACUAAAAUUAGAGAAUUGUUUCUUCUAAAAAUGUCACUUGAGAUCAGCCAAACAUUUUUCUUGUUUUAAUUCCUCAAACCAACUAGCGCAUUAUUUUAUCCUAAAUAAUUCAUUCCAGUUUGACAUUCAGUGAAACUAAUUGUUUAUGUAAAACUAAAUCCAUUCAACCAUGUAGUACUAGUCCACUUUUGUAAAAAAAAAUCCAAAAAUUUAAUAUUGAGAAAAGCAUAAAAAAUUAAUUAUAAAUCAUGACAAAGAAAACAGAGACAUCAGUUGAGACCCCAACCAUUCUCACGGGGACGUGUAUCCCUAUUCUCCUAAUCUGACCAUGUCCUAAAACAUUAAAAAUUAUAUAUCUAUUUAAAUAUCUAUCAGGAGUGUGAAGCCCCAAGGAUGGACCGUUUUGUGCCUGCCACUUACCCACUUAUAGCUCGCUAUGACACCAAGAAAAAUCGAGAGCGCAGAGAAACUGAGGACAGUCCUCAUGUUAAGAAAAGUAAAGGCAUUCACCCUAAAGGUAUGACCCUGCUGUGGGGGAGGGGGAGGGGGUGGAUUUCAACUGGUUUCACCAGGCAAGUUAGUAAAAGUUAAGACCAACAAGCUGUAGAGAGGUAAGUAAAGAUUUUUAUCUGACAAGGUAUUGAAGGGAUAUCAUAGUCAGCCUAUUUUAAAUUGCACGCUAAAUGCUUUAAUUCCGUUACUCUCAUUUUUCCUCUGUUAGAUUCUCACAAGCAAAAAUCUGGUAAAAAAAUGGACAAUAAGUUCUCAAACAAAAACAACUCAGAAUUUCAAGUUGUGAAGAGAAAGAAUGAAACUACUGUCCAAAAUCACAGUUCUCCUUUGAUAUUUCCCAAGUCAGACUCUCGAAAUUCUGACCAAAGCAGAAGAUUUCAAGCUGGCAAAGAUAGAAGCUCUUCUACUCAAAAAGGUUUUGGCAAUAGCAAGAGUAGACGCAGAUGUGGACAGGAUAAUUUAAGAAGUGGGUGUCAUGAAGAGACUGUUGAUAACAUGAUGGAUGACUAUGAGAGUCACCAGGUGCAUGCUAAUGAAUGGUGGAGUUCCCGUGGGGACAAGAAGGAGCAAAGAAAUAAAGAUAAGACAUCAAGACGUUUUCAUCACAAUAAUGGUAAGUUCCUGAAGUUACGGCACGAAUCUGCAUUUCUGUCCACCACAUAAUAUAUCUUGUUAUAAUAUCUCCCAUGUGUACUUUGGAUGUUUACGUGCAUUAUAUUUUAUAUUACAUUCCCCAUGCAUAGAACUAUUAGAAAAGUAGAAGAACCAUUAGAACAGUAGAAUUAUUAUUAGAAUAGUUAAACCAUUAGAAAGGUAGAACAGUAACAAAUCCAAAUGUCACCCUUUCAGAUUGGAAAACACCAAGGUCAAGGUUUCCGGACGAGGCUAGCAAAUCAUCUUACAGAAAUGAAGAGGUGCAAAACAUCAACUCGGUACGCACCAACAAAAGGAAAGGGACAAACUCUUCACAUGAUGCCUGGUCUCCCAGGAAAAAAAGUACCAAAGAAGAGAAUAGAACAUACAGUGGUGAUAGGCAGUACAAUGAAAGCUCAAAGAAAUUUAAUAACAAGAAGUCGCAACAUGUUAGCACUUUGCAUCAUUCAUCCUCAUGGCCAGUUAUGGCGCCAUCAAGGGGGUUUCAGUCUAAAAAUGAAAAAUUUGUGUCUAUGAAGAAUGAGUUUGAUAUUAGUGUCCAGCUUCGUCGGUGGUGAUGGUUUCUUUUCUGUGAUGCUUAAGAUGAAUGUCUGGAUCCUGCUGAUUUCCAUGCAUUUUUUCUUUACUUUAGUAUGAAAUUAUCUUUAAAAAAUGCAAAUUAUGGUAUUUUUAAAUGUCAUCUGCUUGAGCUAAAAUAAAUCUGUAAAUGGAAUUAAACAUAUUUUUAUUAAGUUUGAGCUUUUGGGUUAUAUUAAAAGUAUGGUAUGUUAUGUCAAUUAAACCAUCUAAUAUUUGAAAGGCAACAAAUUUUGUCCAAUUUUCUUGAAAUCAAUUAAAAAUAAAGUGGUCAAAUUUUAUUGCAAGAUUUUUGUAAGAGAACAACUUGUGUAGCAAAAGUAGCAUAUGAGAUUAUUGAAGUGAGCAAAAUGUUUGUAAUUUGUGUUAUUUAUCAUUUAAAUAGCUAGUUGAAACCAUUACUUCUAGCAAAUCUACAAAAGAAAAUAUUCAAUAUUUUAAAAUUUGCUGUUGUAUAAAAUCUGUUUAUUGUCAAAACAUACAAUGCAAUACCAGUCAUCUUUUAAAUAAUUUGAAGAAAUGGUUUUAUUUGAAUUUGGAGUGAGAUGAAUAUUACAUUAUUAUGGGAUGAGAUGAAAAUUAUAUUUAUUUUGGGUGUGGUGAAAAUUAAAUUAGGUGAAAGUGAUGCUAUGUUGAAAAGCACUCAGUGCUUA